CAUUUUUCCCCGUUUCCGUGCCGCCUGUGCCCCCUGCCCGCUCUCCAAGCUGGCGAUGUCCAGGGUGCCGAGUCCCCCCCCUCCGGCAGAGAUGUCCAGUGGCCCCGUGGCCGAGAGCUGGUGCUACACACAGAGCCAGCGCGCCUAUCGCUUCGUGCAAGGCAAGGACUGGGGCUUCAAGAAGUUCAUCCGCAGAGAUUUCCUGCUGGACGAGGCCAACGGGCUCCUGCCGGACGAUAAACUCACCCUGUUCUGUGAGGUGAGCGUGGUGCAGGACUCUGUGAACAUUUCGGGUCAGAACACCAUGAACAUGGUCAAAGUUCCCGAGUGCCGUUUGGCCGACGAGCUGGGCGGGCUCUGGGAGAACUCGCGUUUCACCGACUGCUGCCUGUGCGUGGCUGGCCAGGAGUUCAAGGGCCACAAAGCCAUCCUGGCAGGUGGGUGCAGGAGGGAGGGGUACGCCCUGGAGAGGCUGAAGUAUGCCCUGGAGCGUCUCAAGUAUGCCCUGGAGAGGCUCAAGUACGCCCUGGAGAGGCUCAAGUACGCCCUGGAGAGGCUGAAGUACGCCCUGGAGAGGCUGAAGCCCCCCUCGCUGACCCCAUUAACCCCUGUGUGCCCGCAUUGCAGCCACGCCUCGGACGUGAUGGAGACGUCGGGCUGGAAGUCCAUGGUGGUGUCACACCCACACCUGGUGGCCGAG